CUCCAAGUGACAGGUUGUCCAUCCAUAGUGCUGUACAUCCCACAAAUCCAGUCCCCAGCGCAGGAAGAAUGUUUAGACCGUCUCUCCUCUCCCUGAUCGGCCUCCAGCUGGCCGGGCUACUGGCGCCACAAUCGCUGCCCAUGGCCGUCCAGGCCGCCCGCAACGGUCUCUGUCCCAUCCCCGGCCCGGUCCUCCCGGCCCCCAAGGCGCCCAGCAGCCGCCCGGCGGCCGCCGUGGUGGCAGCCGGCGCCAAGGAGCUGCUCGACGGCGUAACCGCGGCCCUCAACUACACGGCCGUGUCUAUAGCCGUCAAGUCAAUCCACGAGGACGGCUACAUGCUCGAGUACCACCGCACGCCGCCCGUGUUGGACCCCAGGGGGGUGCAGCAGGUCGACGGCAAGUCUGUGUACCGCAUCGCCAGCGUCACCAAGGUCUUUGCCGUGUUGGCCGUCCUCCUGCUCGAUGGUGUCAGCUUGGAUGAUCCCAUCACAAAGUACUUCCCGGAGUUUGAGAAGCUCAACGAGCAGCCCGAGGUCAAGGACGAGCUUACCCUUGUCGACUGGGAUGAGAUUACCCUGGGCGCGCUGGCUUCUCAUCUGGCGGGCAUCAAGGCAGACUUCAGUAGCGACCUUUCCACUUAUAAGUCUUUCGACCCGGACGUUUAUGGAUUACCUCCGCGCGGCAAUUCAUCUCUCCCAUGGUGCUCUGGAUUUCUGGGGGUUCGAGAGUGCACCGUCGACGACUUUCUGCAACUCUUUGGAGACAACUGGCCGGCGCUCGCACCCUUCACCACACCCGUCUACUCCAACAACGGUGCUGCUAUCCUCGGGCUCGUCGUCAGCAAGGUUUCCGGCAAGUCCUUUGAGGCCUUUGUGCAAGAGAAAAUCCUCGACCCUUUGAACAUGAAGCAUACCUUUGCCACCAAGCCCGACGAUAAAUUGGGCGUCAUCAGUGUAGAGGACACCAUGUGGGCUGCCGACAUGGGCUUUACGGGGCCAUCUGGAGCCUACUACGCGUCAACCGACGACCUCAUCGCCCUCGCCGACGGCAUCCUCAGCAACAAGCUCCUCAGCCCCGCCAAGACCCGCAAGUGGCUCAAGCCCUGGGCCACCACCGCAUCCUCGGGCACCAUGGUCGGCGCCCCGUGGGAGAUCUACCUCGCCAGGAACGUCACGUCCGACCAGCGCACCGUCGAGGUCUACACCAAGAACGGCGGGCUCCUGACCUACAGCUCGUACGUCGUCCUCGUGCCCGACUACGACCUCGUCUUCACCAUCCUGGCCACGGGCCCCACCGCGGAGCUCCCCUACCUCGGCACCCAGGUCAUCCUCAGCACCCUCGUGCAGGCCCUCAUGCCUGCCCUCGAAGCAUCGUCGCGGGACGAGGCCGCGCCCCGGUACGCGGGCGUCUACCGCGACGAGGCCACCAACUCCACCGUGAGUAUCGCGCUGGCCGCGGACGACCUCGGGCCGGGGCUGAACCUCACGGGCUGGGUCGUCAGGGGCAAGGACGUCAUGGCGGCCUUUGUCGAGCCGCUGGACCUCACCCCGCCCCCGGCCGACGUGCCGCCCCCGCCGCCGCAGCUCCUGACCGCCACCGCGCGGCUGUACCCCACCAACCUCAAGAACGAGAAGCGCGAGAGCUGGAAGGGCGUGAUUGGGGUGGGCUCGGCGGAGCAGCUCGCGCAGCUGGAUGCGCUGCUGGCCUGGGAGCAGGGGUCGUGCGGCACGUGGGGCUCCAUCGACAGGCCGGCGUACCAGAUGCGGGCGGUGGAUCAGUUCAUCUUUGGGCUCGGGGAGGACGGCGCUGCGGUCAGCGUCGAGCUGCCUUCGUUCAAGGUCACGUUGAAGAAGGAGGGUGCUGCGGUUCCGCCAAAGUUUAGAAGGUGAAUGGGUCUGCUGGAAUCCACGGCCUUGUAAUUGCAUAAAUGAGCUUUUGGACUCUUGAGGGUGCCGUCCACCAGAGGUUUAGUUUGUGAAUAAUCAGUAAUCCGUCAC